UUUCUCUUGAAUCUUGCUUUCUAAACUCACAGUCAGUGUUACUGGUUUACCUUACUGGUUUACUGAAGUCCACAAGAUGAGUGUUUGUGUGGAGGAAGAGGAGGACAGAGCAGAGCCUCCAGUAUCCAACGUUCUGUCUAUGAAGAGUGACCAGCACAACGAUCAUUUUCCGACCUUCAGUAAUAAACCUGGACCCUCAAACACAAAAGGUCAGACAGACCACAGACAGAGAGCAAAGUCUCCAGCAUCAGACUGUCUGUCUAUGAAGAAUGACUGGUCCAGAGAUCAUCCUCCAACCUUCAGGAAUGAACCUGGACCCUCAGACACAAAAAUGAAAUACUGCAGUUUGUCAGAGAUCAGCUGUGCUCCUCUCGCCUUAGCUCUGAAGUCCGACCCCUCCCAUCUGAGAGAUCUGGAUCUGAGUAACAACAAAAUACAAGUUUCAGAAAUGAAGCUACUGUGUGAUUUUCUGGAGAGCCCACACUGUAGACUGGAGACUCUGAGAAUGAUGAAAUGCAGCUUAGAGCUGAAUCUGAGUAAAAACUUCAGUCUGAAGGAUUCAGGAACGAAGCUGCUGUGUGAUUUUCUGGGGAGUCCAAACUGUAGACUGGAGACUCUGAGAUUGAGGUUGUGCAGUUUGUCAGAGAUCAGCUGUGCUUCUUUGGCCUCAGCUCUGAAGUCCAACCCCUUCCAUCUGAGAGAGCUGGAUCUGUGGGGAAACUACCUGUCGUCUUCAGAAGUGAAGCUGCUGUCUAAUCUGAAGGAGAGUCCAUACUAUAGACUGAAGAUUCUGAGAUGGGGGUGGUCUCUGUAAGAGUGACUGAAUAUCCAGG